UUUUAUCUUCUCCAAACAACGAAAGGCGAAAGUAAAGAACAAACAAUGCCCCUAAUUUUAUCACCCUGCUCUUUGCAACUCCCCGCAUUCCAUUCUCCAUUCUCCCAAAUUUACAUAUCCACCCUGAGUCAGCCAUGUCAUCUUUCAACCCGACCCAUAACACGAAUAUCCUGUAUUACGACGCGACCCAGGCGGAAAACGGGUUCUUCAAAGGCCGAGGACCCGGAAGCUCUGGAACUGGUUCGGGUCUUAAUGCGAAGUUUCAGCGACAAAGAGCCGUUGGUUAAGACAUUGAACAGAUACGUGAGAGUUGUGAGAUGUAAGCACUGUUUUCUUUUGUUCGAAGAGCUUGGGAAAACGGAUAAAUGGCUUCAGUGUCUUGAGGUUUUCAGGUGGAUGCAGAAACAACGCUGGUACAUUGCCGAUAAUGGGAUUUAUUCUAAAUUGAUUACAGUUAUGGGAAAGAAAGGCCAAACUAGAAUGGCAAUGUGGCUCUUCUCUGAGAUGCGUAAUAGUGGUUGUCGGCCUGAUGUUUCUGUUUACAAUGCUCUUAUCACAGCCCACCUCCAUUCGCAUGACAAGUCGAAGGCUUUGGACAAAGCUAUGGGGUACUUUAACAAGAUGAAGGGAAUGGAACGGUGCAAACCCAACAUUGUCACAUACAACAUCCUUUUGAGAGCCUUUGCUCAAGCUCGAAAUGUGGAUCAGGUUAAUGCUUUGUUUAAGGAUCUUGCAGAGAGCAUUAUUGCCCCUGAUAUAUAUACGUAUAACGGUGUGAUGGAUGCAUAUGGUAAAAAUGGGAUGAUUAGAGAGAUGGAGUCUGUUCUUUCUCGAAUGAAAAGCAAUCAGUGUAAGCCUGAUACUAUUACAUUUAAUGUGCUGAUUGAUUCAUAUGGCAAGAAGCAAGAAUUUGAUAAGAUGGAACAAGUGUUUAAGAGCUUGUUACACUCCAAGCAAAAACCUACCCUCCCUACAUUUAAUUCAAUGAUAAUAAACUAUGGGAAGGCACGGCUUAAAGAGAAAGCAGAACAUGUUUUCAAAAAGAUGACAGAUAUGAAAUACAUACCAAGUUUCAUCACCUAUGAGAGUCUUAUAAUGAUGUAUGGCUUUUGUGACUGUGUUUCUAGGGCUAGGGAAAUAUUUGAUGGGAUUGUUGACUCUGGGAAGGAGAUGAGAGUUUCAACCCUAAAUGCCAUGCUUGAAGUUUACUGCAUAAAUGGUCUACAUGUGGAAGCAGAUAGGCUCUUUGAGAAUGCACAUAGGAUGGGGGUGAUUCGUGACUCAUCAACAUAUAAACUUCUAUAUAAGGCCUACACUAAGGUCGGCAUGAAAGACCUCAUGCAGAAGUUGGUGAAGCAAAUGGAAAACGAUGGUAUAGUCCCUAAUAAGAGGUUCUUCCUUGAGGCUCUAGAAGCUUUUGGAUCUUUACCUGCUAGUCCUGAUUCUGUUAGUACCACAAUUGGUGACAGGCCAGAGAAAAGUGCAAAAACUGAUGUGGAAGUAACUAUUUGAUUGGUUUUUUUAUUCUUCUGAUCUCCUUCCAACUAAGUGUGAUUCAAAGCAAGGUGUGUAUUGCAUUCGGAUGGUUAUCAAGUUUGGCUGCAUUGCCGCACUGAUUGACCGUUGUCCCCACCAACUGUGGCCAACCAACCAAUUCUUCCUUCUGAAAAUUAGUUUUGCUCUGUCAAAGUGUGCAGUUUAAUUCAAAUACAGUGAGUUGUGCAUGCAGAGACAAAAAGAAGAAAGAAUGCAGAACAUUUUAUGCAUUGCAGGCUUCCUCAAUUGUCAGCAGCGAAUUUGGAAGCUAGUUUUGAAUAUGUGCCGCUCCUCAUAUUUCGGUUUAUUAAUGUUCACAGCAUGACAUGCUCCAUUAUGGAGCACUUUGCUACGUUCAUGACGGGCAACUAAGAUGGUAUAGUGAAGUGUGCUGUAGCAUUGAAUAAGGAAACUGUCUUCCAAUUGAUUUGGGUUGGUCUAAAAUGUUUUAUGAUUUGUUCUCAAUGACUUAAAAUAGGAAUAAUUCCUCUACAAGAGAGAUGUACAAGCAAGCUGCUUCAUUGAUAAAAGUAACACUGUAGAAUGUAGACUUGCAUCAAUGAUUCCAUUUUGUGACAGAAUAACAUUUUAAAUUUUGGUUUUAUAUCCAAUUAAAUAAUAUGAAAGCAUCUGUAGCUUUU